UCUUUUUCUUUUUAUAGUAACUGAAACAAGCAACUAUACUCCUUUAGAUCAAAACCGUGAAAACAGUAUCAAUCAAUUAGAAAUGGAAGAAAAUUUGGGCAAAGGACAAGGUAUAAACAUACAAUCCUAUAUUUUAGAAGAUAAUAAAAAACACAACGAGCAUAAUGAUUCCGAUCAUUCCAACCAUCAUCAUUCUCACAAAAAGCAUGGGAAAUUCUAUAUUGGUAACUGGUUUAAACAUAAGAAACCUGAUGAAUCUGACCGUCCAAAAUCACCUGAAGAGUUGUACGAUUUAAAGGAUCUUCCAAUUGUUAAUGAUCAUCACGCUAAAAGAAUUCUUCACGAAAUAAAGCAUCUAAGACGUAUAACCGACGAAAGACACAAGUUGGAGAGAAAUAAACCCCGAAUGGUCGACAUAACUAUUUUUUAA